AUGGUUUUCUGUGCCCCCCUGGAAAACACGCUGGCCCCCUCCUGGCCCCGUGAAGACGGCAACGAGACGCCGUCAUCUGAAGACGAACACGAUCUGUUGGACUUGAACUCUGACCUGAGGAUGAAACAGAGCAUGAGUUCCUCCAGGAAAACCAUCAGUCAGAUAAUUAAGGACAAGAAGAAACAAACGCAGCUAACUCUGCAGUGGCUUGAGGAGAACUACAUCGUGUGUGAAGGGGUGUGUCUGCCUCGUUGUAUCCUUUACGCUCACUAUCUGGACUUCUGCAGAAAAGAGAAACUAGAGCCAGCCUGCGCUGCUACGUUUGGAAAGACGAUCCGGCAAAAGUUUCCCCUUCUAACAACAAGAAGACUUGGCACCAGAGGGCACUCCAAAUAUCAUUAUUAUGGAAUUGGGAUCAAAGAAAGCAGCGCUUAUUAUCACUCCGUGUAUUCGGGUAAAGGUUUAACCAGAUUUUCAGGGAGCAAGCUCAAGAACGAGGGUGGCUUUACCAGGAAAUACUCUUUGAGCUCUAAAACUGGAACCCUGCUCCCUGACUUCCCCAGCGCCCAGCAUCUUUUGCUGCAGGGAAAUAUUUCCAGAGAAAAGGUCGACACUCUGAUCAUGAUGUAUAAAACACACUGUCAGUGCAUCCUGGACAACGCCAUCAACGUCAACUUUGAUGAGAUCCAGAACUUUCUGCUCCACUUCUGGCAGGGAAUGCCCGACCACCUGCUGCCUCUGCUUGAAAACCCGAUUAUAGUCGACAUCUUCUGCGUCUGUGACUCUAUUCUCUACAAGGUUUUAACAGAUGUUUUAAUUCCUGCCACGAUGCAGGAGAUGCCUGAAAGUCUAUUGGCAGAUAUCAGAAACUUUGCCAAGCACUGGGAACACUGGUUGGCCUCCUCUCUGGAAAACCUCCCAGAAUGCCUUGCAGCCAAGAAGAUGCCCAUAGCGCGCCGCUUUGUUUCCUCCCUGAAGAGACAAACUUCUUUCUUACACCUGGCACAGAUAGCCCGCCCGGCCCUUUUUGACCAGGCUGUAGUGACCAGCAUGGUUCUGGACAUUGACAGUGUUGAUCUCAGCAGCAUCAACUCACAACCCCUGCUCAGCGUGUCGGCAGCUGGAGACCAGGACUCCGAUAUUUACUCUGAGUAUGAUUCAAUUAGCGUCUUUCAAGAACUGAAGGAGCUGCUGAGAAAAAAUGCCACCGUUGAAUCGUUCAUAGAGUGGUUGGAUUCUGUGGUUGAGCACAAAGUAAUCAAGCCUGGCAAGCAGUGCGGUCGAUCUGUGAAGAAGAGAGCUCAGGAUUUCCUCCUCAGGUGGAGCUUCUUUGGUGCCCGGGUCAUGCACAAUCUCACGCUCAACAACGCCUCCAGCUUUGGUUCCUUCCACCUGAUCCGGAUGCUGUUAGAUGAGUACAUCCUCUUGGCUCUGGAGACACAGUUCAACAACGACAAGGAGCAGGACCUGCAGAACCUCCUAGAAAAAUACAUGAAAAAUGCAGAUGCCAGUAAAGCAGCAUUCAUGGCAUCACCCAGUUCCUGCUUUCUGGCCAACCGCAACAAGGCGUCCGCUUCCGUCGACCAAUCGGUGAAGAACGAGUCUGUGGGAGAGCACGCCUACAUGCCUCUGUCCACCAAUCAGCAGCAGGAUCUGGAAGCUAAAACAGUCCUCUAUCAGGGAAAUGACAGUUCUGGUUUCUCAUCUUCAGGUGGUCAGAUGGACUUCUCUCAGGUCAGCGGGCCACUCAUGACCCCGCCCAUCUCACCUGCUGCAUUAGUGCACAGGGGCUCUGUCAUCAACCAAGGGCCCAUGGCAGCAGGGGGGCUGGCACCUUCCUCCUUGUCAUGCUCCUUCUCCUCGUCCUCCUGCCUCUCGUCUCUCAGGGAAAUAUCGCAGCCCAGCUCCUGCCCUUCAUACCCGGACACCUUAUACCAAUGCUUACCUCAGUCCAGUGGUUAUUUCCCCCCCGCCAGCAGCAGCUCCUCGGCUCCGAGCUACCAAACUGCUCUCAGAUCCCAGGCUCAGAAUCCCUGUAUGUCAGCAGCUCAGACUCAUAAUCCCCCUCUGGGCUGUCACCUUCCCCGGUACCCGUCCCUCAGUGAUCCACCUCUGAAUAAGGAAGCUUUUUACCCUACAUCUGGCAACGCAGACUGCUCCCUGACAGCUUAUGGUUCGGCAGUCCGGCCACCUUCCAGGUACACUCCAGGCCCAGAACCGGUUCAGUCGGAGCAGGGAAUGGAUCAACAGGCAGCGGCUCAGAUACUGGAUGCCUCGGAGGGUUUUGGGUUUAUGGGAGCUGGACUGAACCUCGCUGGUGGUGGUUGUCAGGGACAGACCUAUGGCGUCCUGGGACAUGGCGCAGGUUUUUAUAGCAACAGCAGCUUCUUCUCCGGCCAGCGAGUGAAUGCUUUGGUUGAUCAGCAUGUGUCCGUCAUCAGCAGCGUGGGAAGUCUUCGCCCCUUCUCUUCGACCUUCUCUGAAGUCCACGAUCCGCUGAACAUCCUUGGCGAACCAGGAAGGAAGACCGCUGGAAGCUUUUUCAGCGAGGCAGAAUCUGGAACGGGUCAUUCCCUGCCCUCGUCCGGAUCCGCCACCUGCAUGUUCGGCCUUCCCUCUCCGUUCAGCUCACAGGACGCUCUGAUGUCCCAGCAGCGCGGGACGCCGUCCUCAGAGGUACAGGACCUGGUUUCCUCACUGCCACCCAUCAACACCGUGUUUAUGGGUGCAGGGGGAACGCAGUGA